CGUGGGGGGAGCAGAUGCCGCCGGUUGCGCGCGGGAGCUGGGCGCUAGCAGAGCGCAGCCGCGAGGCAGGCGCGGGGGAGGCGAGCCGGAGCCCGAGCCCGAGCCCGAGCAGCAGCUAGUGUUGGCGGAGAGCACCCAGGCGCAGCUGGAGCCGCAGCCGCGAUGGCCGUGGCCGUGGGGAGACCGUCUAAUGAAGAGCUCCGAAACUUGUCGCUUUCUGGCCAUGUUGGAUUUGACAGUCUCCCCGACCAGCUGGUCAACAAGUCGACGUCUCAGGGCUUCUGUUUCAACAUCCUGUGUGUUGGCGAGACGGGCAUUGGCAAAUCCACAUUAAUGGACACUUUAUUCAACACCAAAUUCGAAAGUGAUCCAGCUACUCACAAUGAACCAGGCGUCCGGUUAAAAGCCAGAAGUUAUGAGCUUCAGGAAAGCAAUGUGCGGCUGAAGUUAACCAUCGUUGACACUGUGGGAUUUGGAGACCAGAUAAACAAGGAUGACAGCUAUAAGCCGAUUGUGGAAUAUAUCGAUGCCCAGUUCGAGGCCUACUUGCAAGAGGAAUUGAAGAUCAAACGUUCUCUCUUCAACUACCACGACACCAGGGUCCACGCAUGCCUCUACUUCAUUGCCCCUACUGGACAUUCGCUGAAGUCCCUGGACCUGGUCACCAUGAAGAAGCUGGACAGUAAGGUGAACAUCAUUCCAAUAAUUGCAAAAGCUGACACCAUCGCCAAGAACGAAUUGCACAAAUUCAAGAGUAAGAUCAUGAGUGAACUAGUCAGCAAUGGAGUCCAGAUAUAUCAGUUCCCCACAGAUGAAGAAACGGUGGCAGAAAUUAAUGCAACGAUGAGUGUCCACCUCCCUUUCGCAGUGGUCGGCAGCACCGAAGAGGUGAAGAUCGGCAACAAGAUGGCAAAGGCCAGGCAGUACCCCUGGGGUGUGGUGCAGGUCGAGAAUGAAAACCAUUGCGAUUUUGUGAAACUUCGGGAGAUGCUGAUCCGUGUGAACAUGGAAGAUUUGCGAGAACAGACUCACACCCGCCACUAUGAGCUGUAUCGGCGCUGUAAGCUUGAAGAGAUGGGGUUCAAGGACACUGACCCUGACAGCAAGCCCUUCAGUCUUCAGGAGACAUACGAAGCAAAAAGAAAUGAAUUUCUGGGAGAACUUCAGAAGAAAGAAGAAGAAAUGAGACAGAUGUUUGUCAUGAGAGUGAAGGAGAAGGAAGCUGAACUUAAAGAGGCAGAGAAAGAGCUCCACGAGAAGUUCGACCUCCUCAAGCGGACACACCAAGAAGAGAAGAAGAAAGUGGAAGACAAGAAGAAGGAGCUGGAGGAGGAGGUGAACAAUUUCCAGAAGAAGAAGGCGGCAGCUCAGUUGCUACAGUCCCAGGCCCAGCAGUCAGGGGCCCAGCAAACCAAGAAAGACAAGGAUAAGAAAAAUGCAAGCUUCACAUAAAGCCUGGCAAGCCAAGGAUGGUCCGCAUUCACCUGCUUUUGCAGUAAUAUUGUAUCUCUGCCAUCUGUGUCCUUUUAUUUUGUUUUAUUUUUAUUUUUUCCCUUCCCCAGACACCAUAUAACUAUUAACUCAUUUUGCUGAAUGUUGUUGGGUGGUGAAAAAUGAUAGAACAAGGGGAUAACAGCAAGAGCUAUGUGCAGCCGGACUUUGUUUCUGGAAAGCAAAUCAUUUGCCUUUUAUGCCUGUUGAGAGUGGCAGCAGGAAGCAUGCCUGUUCUGUUACUUGUAUGUUGCUUUGGACCAAGGGAAGGAGGCUAAAUUGCUACGUGUACGUCUGACAGGAAAACUUUUCACCACCUCAGCAGCUGAACUAUAAACCUGAAUAGCCCUGACAACUUGCUCUUCUUGAUUAUUCACCUCCAUGGUGUAAAGGCCCUGAACCCCCGUCUCUCCUUUACACCUGCCCUGAACCAAAGUAGCUUUGUAUGUAGGCAGAACGGUGGGUAAGCUUUACCUGACUUUUACCCUUGCAUGGAUUUUUUAUUACUACAGUAACAUUAUUUGGCCUGGGUUGUGGGUCUAUUCAGACUGACCGUCUCCUCUUAUGGCUUUAAAAAUGUGUCUGAACCCCUCUCUCUCAAAUCCUGGCCAAUAAGAAAACGACGAUACUGUGUUCACUUGUAUGAGGGCAGCCUUGGCCCUCUCACAGAUAGCCCUCUCCAAGGCUGGAUCAUACAACCUUGUUUAGUAGAAGAAUCUUCUACUAAGGAUGAUGGGCUUUCCACAACCUGCUUACUACUUACAAGAUCCAGCCUUUUCAUAAAAACACCUAAAUCUUCUCUCAGUAGGCUGAGGGGAAGAGGGCCUAAUGACUGAUUCCAGGAUAUGGAGGGCUUCUAAUAACAGUUUCAAUAAUUAUGAGGGGGAAAUUUCCAGAAAUAUUUAAAAUAGAAAAUUUAUUAUAAACUGUAUCAUCUGCAGCACAUGUUUGAGGGGACCCUGUUGAUUUAAGGUGGAAGUGGGAAGGAACAUAGCACAAACCCAUGAGUCAAGAAAGCAGAAAUUCAACUUUACAUCCAGUUUCCUUGCAUAGUUUUCUCUUCAUAUUUGGCAAUAAAAGGAUGAAGGAAUAGAACAGCUGGCCUUUCAAAUCCAGUUGUCUCGAAGGAAUUUCCUCACCUUUUUCCUCAUCAAGACUAGCUCUCCCUGCUCUUUACGUUUAAGGCCCAUUGCCCCAUCAAUAAGGAUUAGGACUUAACCGAAUGGCAGGACAUAGACUGCAUGCCAAAUUUGUAUGGAAAGGGGCAUAUCCAAUCUCUUUUCUGUACUUCUCCUUUGUGAGGCUUAUCCUUAUAUUUUCUUGAUUUUUUUCCCUUUAAUAACAAGAUACCCCCAGCUUUCUCUCUAACUCCAUACUCUCCUGUUUGUUACUUGAAAAAAUAACAUUUCUCAUAAAUCUGAUACUUCACCUCUGCGUUUUCCUUUUGGCCUUCACUAGUCAUACAUUAAGUAAAUAGGACAGAAUACACACAUACGCUGUUUUUUUUUUUUUUAAUUAAUGUCUCUAGUUGAUUCCAGUGAACACUUUUUCCCUUCUCUUUAUCCUCAGCCACACUCUUAUGGGAAAGAAGGAAUGGUCUUCUGUGAGCUGAUUUAAGCUUAAUUAGGCAAGGAAGAACUCAGUUUCAUGGACGCCCAAACUAAGCUGGGGUAGAAACUGCAAGCCCGAAGCAGCAAUAGAGGUAUAAAGACAGACUUGGGAGCUACUGGACCAAUUUUUUUUUGCUUUUGCUUUUGUUUUUUAAUGACUCUAGUCUGAAGCUAGCUACGGAGCAGCCAGAUAUUAGGCGGCAUGCUGAUUCUAACCAUGGGCUGAAUUUGCUCAGACGCUGUGCACCAGACAGAAGCUUGAAUACUUGUGUUGUAUGCUUGUUCCACCCAUUGCUUGUGUGAGCAUUUCUGUGCCUUGUAACAGGAAAUACACUUCUAAAUUCUAAAAA